CAGCUCCGCGGCGUUGGCGUUGGCGCUGGCGCUGGCGGCGGGGCGCGGAGCGGGUGCCCGGCGCGCGGAGCAGCCAUGCCCCAGGCCGCCUGCGGGGCAGCAGCAGCGGCGGCGGCCGGGGGCGCCGGGGGCCCGGCGGCGGCGGCCCCGGCGGGACGAUGAAGCGGCAGAACGUGCGCACGCUGGCGCUCAUCGUGUGCACCUUCACCUACCUGCUGGUGGGCGCCGCCGUGUUCGACGCGCUCGAGUCGGAGCCCGAGAUGCUGGAGCGGCAGGUGCUGGAGCAGCGGCAGCAGAAGCUGCGGGCGCUCUACAACCUCAGCCAGGUCGGCUACGAGGAGCUGGAGCGCGUCGUGCUGCGCCUCAAGCCGCACAAGGCCGGCGUGCAGUGGCGCUUCGCCGGCUCCUUCUACUUCGCCAUCACCGUCAUCACCACCAUCGGCUACGGCCACGCCGCGCCCAGCACGGACGGCGGCAAGGUGUUCUGCAUGUUCUACGCGCUGCUGGGCAUCCCGCUCACGCUCGUCAUGUUCCAGAGCCUGGGCGAGCGCAUCAACACCUUCGUCAAGUACCUGCUGCACCGCGCCAAGCGCGGGCUGGGCAUGCGGCGCGCCGACGUGUCCAUGGCCAACAUGGUGCUCAUCGGCUUCUUCUCGUGCGUGAGCACGCUGUGCAUCGGCGCCGCCGCCUUCUCCUACUACGAGCACUGGACCUUCUUCCAGGCCUACUACUACUGCUUCAUCACGCUCACCACCAUCGGCUUCGGCGACUACGUGGCGCUGCAGAAGGACCAGGCGCUGCAGACGCAGCCGCAGUACGUGGCCUUCAGCUUCGUCUACAUCCUCACGGGCCUCACGGUCAUCGGCGCCUUCCUCAACCUCGUGGUGCUGCGCUUCAUGACCAUGAACGCCGAGGACGAGAAGCGCGACGCCGAGCACCGCGCGCUGCUCACGCGCAACGGGCAGGCGGGCGGCGCGGGCGCGGGCGGCGCGGGCGCGGGCGGCGGCGGCGGGGCCGGGCUGGGCGCGGCCGCGGGCGCGCUGGGCAGCGCGGGCAGCGCGCACACCACCGACACCGCCUCGUCCACGGCGGCCGCGGCGGCGGCGGCGGCGGGCGGCGGCUUCCGCAACGUCUACGCCGAGGUGCUGCACUUCCAGUCCAUGUGCUCGUGCCUGUGGUACAAGAGCCGCGAGAAGCUGCAGUACUCCAUCCCCAUGAUCAUCCCGCGGGACCUGUCCACGUCCGAUACGUGCGUGGAGCAGAGCCACUCGUCCCCGGGGGGCGGCCGCUACAGCGACACGCCCUCGCGCCGCUGCCUCUGCAGCGGGGCGCCGCGCUCGGCCAUCAGCUCCGUGUCCACGGGCCUGCACAGCCUGUCCACCUUCCGCGGGCUCAUGAAGCGCCGCAGCUCCGUGUGACGGGCGGCGCCGCGCGGGGCCCCGGGCGCCGGGGGGCGCGCGCAGGGCGCGGGCUGGCCGGGGGCAGCCGUCCCCUCCCGCUCGCCCUCCGUCCCCCCUCUCCGACUGUGCCUGCUCGCACCAGCCGGCAGGAGCCCGGGCUCUGAAGACCCCAGGAGCCCCCAUCCUUGCCCUGCGAAGUCCGAGAAAUGUGAAAUUUGCGGGGGGCGCGAGGGGGAGAGGGUGGAAGGCGGGAGCCGGGAGCCUCCCAUCCCCCUGGAAGCCGAAGGAGCUCCCCAGUGCCCCGGCGCCCUGCUGGUACCCAGACCUCGGCCCUCCCGUCUGCCCCCCGCCGGGAGGGGACUCGGUGUUCUGUGUGUGUUUGCGUCUCUAUUUAUACCUCUGUCCUGCCAGGUCUCCCCCGCCCCGCGCCAGCGCGUCCUCGUCUGGGUCACCCCAACUCCGUCCCUCCCCCGGUCUGCAUCCCCUGCUGUCUCCCCUCUCCUGCUACCCUCCGUAGUGGUGUGCAUGGCUUUGCAGUUAUGGAAAAAGGGGGAAGCCCCCAGACCCUAGAAGUGACCCCAGAGGGCAGGCAGACAAGAGGGAGAGCCCACAGGCUGCAGCAGCCAGAGCUGGGGUGGGGGACAGUGGCCCACUGACCUGCAGGGUGGUCCUGCUGGCCAGCAGUGAGCGUUGACUGGCCCCCGAUGAUCUUUGUAGGGGUGAGGGAGAGGGGUCAUCCAGCCUUCCAGACACUGCCCUUGGGAAGCAAACCGACCUGAUCCUGACCCCUCCACCUCAGAGCUGCUGGCCAUGACCCACUCUCCACGCUCUAGAAUGAAUUUCAAGUUCUGAUCACAGUGCCCUGCCUACUCAUUCCUGUGA